GCGCACUGCGAGGAAUGGUGUGAUACCCAUCCCUCUACAGUUGCCGAAAAAAAUUUGACUUUUGUGAAGUGCUUAAUUUCAAGCAAUUAGUAGGAGACAGCAAGAAUAAGGAGUGACGGCCAAAUAAAAACAGCGCUCGAUCUUGUAUUCACCAGUUCUAACACUAAAAUUAAUAAAAUAAUAGUAGUGGAUCGUUUGUAUACCGAAAAUGUAAUGACAAUUCUUCUCUCUAUUGUAUCGAGCGAUAUAGGAAAGCAAACAAUGAAUUUGAAAAAGUAUGUACUGAGGAAACACAAAAGUAUUUGGAACGUAUAGGAAAAACGAAUGCAUCAAAAAAUCAUGGUGGAAAUUAG